AUGCAGGUUAUUCCUCCAGAUAUAGAUCAUCCUGGAGUGAACCGUCCUGGAGUCCUGGAGAUUGUUAACAGUAAUGAUGUCAGUGGUAUAUCCUCUCAUCAUUGCCCCCCUCCUCACACUCUCACAACCCUCUCCCCCCCACAACCACCUCGCAGGCCGCGGCACGGCUCUCAGUACGGACACAGUAGCUGUCGUGCCGCGCUGUGCUGUAUCGUGCCUCGUGCCUACACCGUAGUGAAGUGGCGCUCCAAUACGUGCAUCGUGCUCACUGCGCUCGGAUAUGACGACUGCUUUAUGUGUCCUGGUGAACCUCUUGAUGAGCAUCACAGCCAUUCAGUCCCAGUCUCAAGGAGGUGGAAACCUUAUUGAUGCUCCUCAACACAGCGACAUUCUCAAGGUAC